UGUUUGAAAGAACCGAUUCCGGAAAGUGAAUCAGACUUCCUAUCGCUAAACAACAACUUUGUCCGUCAUAAAUUAUACAUUUUAAAUCGCCUAUAAUUAGUUAGGCCAAAGCUUUAUUAAUUUUUACAAGCGCGACACAAUAAUGAUUUACUAAAUGGAUUGAAGUUUGUUCUUUGGUCCAGCGUGUGUUUUGUAUGUUGCAUGAACUUUCACCUCAGUUCCCAUAGCCACGCAGGAUCUUGUGGAUUUGCCAGGACAUACAGUGACUAAACUAACACGGAUCUUUUAACUCUGAGUAUGCACUGCUUUUCGACUUUUUAGUCUUUUAUUCCUGAAAGAGUUUGGUUGCACACUAGCUGUUGCACACAUGGAAACUUUCAUUAGCUUCACUAACCAAAGUCAAGGAAGGGAUCGCAUAUUCAGAGCAACCCAAUAUGCAUGCGCUUUGGCGAAAUAUCUUCUGAGAAAUGAAGCGAAGAGAAAAGAGCUGGUGAAAAAGCUGCAUUUUCUGGAGUCUAAUAUGAGUUCGGGGCGGAAGCUAUUCAGGCUUGGGAACACGGUGAACUCUGUCAGUGCAGCCAAGAGCACUCUUGAUAUUUCUGACCCCGUGCUGCGCUUUUGCCUUACUUUUGCCAACUUCAGCCGUGCCUUGUACUUCAUCUGUGACAACAUACUCUGGGCCAGAAGUAUCGGGCUAAUACAAGAUAUCAACAAGGAGCGUUGGAGCUUAAACUCCACUCGCUUCUAUUUCCUGUCAUUGGUCAUGAAUCUAACCAGAGACGUCUAUGCAAUUGUCCAACUCAUGGUGCAGAAGUCUCGGGACAGACACUACCAGCAAAAAGUCGACCAGCACCUUAAUGAAAGCCCGGAUGUGGCUUGUGUCAUAGUGCCUCAGCUUGAUGUGUUCCUCUUCCUUCUCCUCGAGAGCCUCAGAAGUCAGCCGUCUGUGGCUCUCGAUACACUUAAAAAUGUUUGCGAUCUUUUCAUUCCACUUGACAAACUGGGCAUUUACCAGACAAAUGCAGGGGUGGUGGGCUUCUGCGGGCUCGUUUCCUCUUUCUUAGGCAUACUGUCAGUCUUGAGGCCCAACCUCAGAAUCAAGCCAUGAUUUAGUGAAUGAGGAAAAUGCUUUAGAGUAACAUCUUGAAUUAGGAUGCUUUCCUAACAAAUGCUUUUAAUGUGAAAUUAGACUUCCAUUAAGCUUACUUUUGUGAAGGGAUCAACUUAAUUGUUGUGUAAGAGAAUAGAACAUACCCCUAAUGCAGCAGUGCACCUGCAAAAAAUAAUACUAAAAAUUAGCAUCAUUUAGAUGAGAUUUCGCAGUGUGUGUUUGACCACAUGCUGUGUACACUUUCAUUAAAUAGAGUGCCUUGCCAUAUCUGUUGUUGUAUUACCAUGGAAGCCCAAGUGAAAUAAUACACCUGUAUAAGCACCGUUUAGUACUUUUAAUAGAGAUUAUAUCACUUUGGUACCGAUAUUGAGAUGAUGAGGGUACAUUAACAAACUUGUGACAUUUAUUUUCCUGGCAAAAGAUGCUCUUUAUGGUGGCAGAUGCACAGCUUUUUGAAAUAUGUGCUUGACAUUUAGUCUCUUCUAUGUGGAGAACCAUUGUGAAAUUAGAUAUAUUCUACCUCAUCCUGGCAGAUCCUAGAGUUGUUUACAGAUGUGUAUUUUAUUUUAGGUGUCAGACAGGGUUUUGUUGGUUGUUAUUUUCAGUUUUGGUUUAUCAUGACAAGACAACUUUUAUUACGUUCUGAUUCUAGAUAAUUGGUUGUCAGCACAAACUGCUUUAAAAACUGUGAACUUUAAUAAAGCAAUUUUUAUGCACUGUUAAAAA